GUGAUCGUCGAGCCGUCGUCUUUGCAGGCAGCGGCGGCGCGUUCGCGGAAGCGCUCUCCUCGUGGGGCUUUGAAGGGCACGGAGAAAGGCACGGGACGCGGGCGUGCGGGCGCUGCUGCAGUGUGCGGCUCUAGACGCUGGCGUUGCCGAGAGAUGUAGGCUUCCUGGCGGCUCCGUCGCCCGCUCCGCUGCGCUCCGAACCCACCUGCUCCUCCCCUCGUCCGUCAUCGCCCCGCCGAGGACCGAGGGCGCCGGGAUGCCGAUGGUUUCACCGGCGGGCGACCGGCAGUGAAAGUUCGCCGUUUGUUUAUCAGCGUCUCGUCGAGACCGCUGGUUUAUUUUGUAAACUCGCGUCCUCUGCGGAGGCGGAUCGACUCCAGCAUCUGCAGAAAACCAUCCAAUCAAGACCCAACCGCUGUUAAAAGCCUCCGCACAGAGGAGCCAACGCAGGAAUCUCAAGACAUGGACGAAGAAAAUCAGAGCCAAAGCCAAACACAUGAAUCCAACCAAAGCAGGGUCACAGAAGCUUUACAGACGAGUCCUGCUCCUGCUCCUGCUCCCGACAGAGUGUCCCAACCUGCAGAUGCUGUCACCGAAUCUCCCCUCAGGCCUCGACGGCCUCAGAGAAGUGCCAGGGUGGAGGGCUCCGUGGACGUCACCGAGCCCAAAGCCGAGUCCGGGCCGGCGCCCGACCAGGACCAGACCUCCACCGAUGGCGCUGCAGCGAGUCGUCCCAAGCCCUACCGCCCUGCGGCCGUGAAGGCCGCAGCAGAGGCCACAGGACCCAGCGUCAAGGCCGGGCCCAAAGGUCCAGUUAGAGCGGCUUCGGUGCCCCACCCGCCUGCCAGCAGGCCCGUGCCUCCUCACCUGAACCCCCACGCACAGAGGGCCCUGUCUGUGGCAGGUACAGCCGACACCCAGGCCCAGACGAUGGAGGACUUCAGGCUGCACAUCAUCACUUGGAACGUGGGUUCCGCCACGCCGCCGGAUGACAUCACCUCCUUGCUGGGGCUGAAUGUGGGUGAUGGAAACACAGACAUGUACAUCAUCGGGCUGCAAGAAGUGAACUCAAUGAUUAACAAAAGGCUGAAAGAUGUGCUCUUCACAGACCAGUGGAGCGAGGUCUGCAUGGAGAGGCUGAGCCCCUUCGGUUAUGUGCUGGUGACUUCCCAGCGAAUGCAGGGGUUGCUAUUGCUGGUCUUCACCAAGUAUUUCCACCUGCCCUUCCUCCGGGGAAUUCAGACGGAGACCACCCGCACUGGCCUGGGAGGUUACUGGGGGAAUAAAGGGGGAGUGAGUGCCCGCAUGUCAGUGUUCGGUCACACCAUCUGCUUCCUCAACUGCCACCUUCCGGCUCACAUGGAAAACUCUGAUCAGCGCAUGGAAGACUUCGAGAGCAUCCUGCAGCAGCAGCAGUUCGAGGGCCAGGCGGCCACAGGGGUUCUGGACCACGAUGUGGUUUUCUGGUUUGGGGAUCUCAACUUUCGCAUUGAUGACCUGGAUAUGCAAGUGGUGAAAUCAGCCAUCGAUAACAACAAGUUUUCUGUGCUGUGGGAAAAGGACCAGUUGAAUUUGGCCAAAAACAGUGAGACGGUGCUGGAGGGAUUUCAAGAGGGGCCGCUGAAAUUCUCUCCUACCUACAAGUUUGACAUCGGAACAAAUACGUACGACACAAGUGGAAAGAAGCGUAAACCGGCUUGGACGGACCGGAUUCUGUGGCGCCUGCGAGCCCCGGCGGCCGCCGCCGACGCCGUCAACGCGGGGAAGCGUGGCUCCAUUUCAGGGCUGACCAGCGGGCCCACAGUGACGCAGCACUGCUACCGCAGCCACACGGAGUACCUCGUCAGUGACCACAAGCCGGUCUACUCCAUCUUCACCCUGCAGUUCCCGUACAAGGUGGAUGUUCCCCUGGUCACGCUCAUGGUGGCUGAUGAGUGGAACAGCAUCGCUGAUGCCACAGUCAAGUUCAAACUGGCCCCCAGCUACUCACGCAGCUCCUGGGACUGGAUUGGCUUGUACAAGGUGGGAUUUAAACAUUAUAAGGACUAUGUCGGAUAUGUGUGGGCAAAGCAAGAGGAAGCUGAUUUCCAUCGACAAGAACAUGAGGCAACCUUUACUGAAGAGGAGUUGCCCAAAGGCUCAGGGGACUUCAUCCUGGGUUUCUAUAGCAACAAUAUGAGCAGCAUUGUGGGUGUAACAGAGCCGUUUCAGAUUCAGCUUCCCACUUCAGGCCUCAACACCAGUUCUUCAGACAGCUCUGAUUUUAGUUCUGAGGACGAAAGCACUGUCCACGUGAAGACAAGGGCCCGCAGUCCCAGUCCGCAUGAAGGGAAGCAACGCAGGGGGCGGCGCGGCAGCCGCAGCCGCUCCGGCAGCCCCGCGCACGUCAAAGUUAAAGGGCCCGGUGCCACUGGUGGUUCUCCGUCCAGCAGCACAGCAGCAGACGAGUCCCCACGACGUCCAGCAGAGGGCAGCAGCAGCCAGGCAUCGACUCCAGGGGAGAAAGACAAAAGCGUGGAGGAUUCAGGAGUGUGAUGCAAUACCAAGUAUUGGUUUUGUCACAGGCCACAUCGUCUACCGUUGAGUCGUUUCUUUUAUACAUUCACUGUAUUGUACGUUUUAUGUAAUGACAAGGCUCAGUUUAUGAUGCCAUCCUUUUCAGGAACAGCCGUCUGGUUUCUCCAGGAGGCGCACUUUGCCUUCACAUGUUGAUCAAUUUAUGUACGUUUUUUUAAUUUCGGAACCUUUGACUUUGUCCUAUAAAUCCUCUACUCUUGGCGACUUUGUCCAUUCUCAGGUGGGGAUAGUUCAGGGAGCUGACACCGUGCAUAUAGAAAUACUCAAGGACUUAAGGUUGCGUAGAGUAAACGGGCAUUUGCGUUUUGGUGACCAUCUCCUCUUCCCUGAAUUCUGACAGUGUUUGAAACUCUACACUUAUUUAGCAGUCAUGUCAGCAGACUGCAGAGAAGCGAAAGAAAAGCUGAGAUAAGCGAGGCGGGGGGGAAUCAGAUGUUGCUCACAAAUCAAUCACCUGGGAACUUGUGCAGUUGCUAGUUUAGAACAGAUUGGCUUAGACCACCAGAAACAUAAGGGCAUAAUAAAUUUGUAUUUCAUCAUCCAAUCAUUCACACGAUUACUUUGUGUCAAUCUAUAAUUGGAGAUGCAAUUUGAGUUGGCAGUUUGGUUCUACUCCUGUACUGUAGCUAUUCCCUGCUUUGGAAAUUGAGCGCACACAGAAAUCAUCCUCCAAUGGGACUAAAGUCUCUCUAGGGAGCAUAAACACAGAGCAGAACCAAAGUAGGUGCAGGCAGAGGUUCAGGGGCCACCAGGCCUGGCAGCGUUGCAGCACAUGUCGGUGAGUGCAGCAGCCUUUAAAUAGACUGCCAGUGGAUGGGAGGCUAGCUGUUAGCUGACACAGCAUGGAUGACGGCUUAGCUGCAAGUUGGACACUUACUCUGCUGGACCAAGUUCUCUAGUCACAACCACAGUGAUGGCUGACCCAGCGUGCACUGGUUUUACACAUUAUGUGAGUCAGUGGGCCUUAUGAUGCAUGACAGCAUAUUACAGAGACAACAACUCCAAAACACACAUAUUUUUUGUUUCGUUUUUCAUUAGUAUGAAAUGUUGGACUAUUCCCAUAAUGUUAUCAACAUGGGUGCAGGGACUUCACUGAUAUUUAAUCUGGACAUUUAGAACAAAUGUGAGCAGGGACUCUAUAUAGAGCUACAACAGGGCUUAGUAUCAUAACGUACGUAGUUUACUACACAGCUGAUGUGUUCCGUUAUUCAUAAUAAUGUAUCCAAAUAUUGAUAUUUCAAGUCAUUCAAGGACAUUGCUUUGUCCGAUUCUUUCCUUUUGGGAAAAUUUCUUCUCUUCUUUUUUUUGUAUCCUGGUUCUAUCUUACAGGUCCUGGUGAUUAGCUGACAGUGACAGUAGUCACAGUAGUUGUGUUGCUUUGUUCUUAUGUGAACAUCGAAGCACCACGUUAGACACCUUGUACUUUUGGGCUGUUAGUUUAAGACAGUGUACACUGUAGCUGUAACCUCAGCAUGUGUGUCUGCUGGUUUUUGUGUGUAUGUGUUUUUAUGUAUGUGUGCAUUUUGCGUGGUGCAGGUUUGUGUGUGUGUGUGUGCGUGUGUGUGUGUGUGUGUGCGUGCGUGCGUGUGUGCAUGGUUUGCUGCUGGACAUACUGUACAUUCCGGUACUGUGACUCUCGUGCCGUAAAGUGCUGUUUUUGACUCCUGUUUGUUAAAACCGUGCCAGUGAAACUUGUUAGAAAAUCAUAGACUUUAUAAAAAUGAAACUAACUAAAUGUUGGACAAAUUACUGUAAAUGCAGGAUAGUUUAUGCUUGAAAAAAUCUGAAGUUGUUUAAAUCACUUUAUAGUGCAGUCUGUGUGUAUUUUCUUGAUUUUGAAUCGAAGCAUUAAAUGGACCUUUGUUUAGAGCAACGUGUUUCAAAAAAAGAUAAAGAUUGUAUGAACCUUGUCCUACUUUAGGUAACUUAGGUAAAUAAAACCAAUACUAGUUCUGACCAGUGAUUAUCUAUUGUGAAAUAUUAAUGGAAAAAUGCUCCGUCUACAGAAUGUUAGUGUUUUGUAAUUCUGUGGCUAUAGAAGACAUAUAUGUGUAAAAUAUAGUAGAAUAAUAGAAGACAAUCUAUGUUGCAAAGAUUAUUUUACUUAAAGUAUGUAUUUAUUUUUUUAUUUAACUUUUGAAUGAGCCUGAAUUCUGCUGGCCAGUGAGGGAGCAUUAUUUUGGAGAAAUAUGAUACUACUAAACAGUGAUUAUUAUUUUCUUUGUAAUUGGAACAAUGAAGAGAGUUUGAGUUGCCAUUUCAGUAAAUUCAGAUCGCUUUUAAUGAUUGAAGCAUAGAUUGUUUAGUCUACAGUUGUUUGUAUACUUGUUCAUGUAAGUGGCAAAAAAUACAGCAAGCCUGUAGGAUACUGAUUGUGAGCUCAUGAGAUUGUCUCGUCAGAACUGAGUUGAGGAGGCUUUUAAGGGUUGCUUGCUUCGUCACCCCGAAACUACUGAGGAACUGUCUGAAGAAAAAAAUAUAUACUUCCCCUCGAA